UCCAAAGACCGUUUUACUUAACCCCCCUCUCUCUCUCUCUCUCUCUCUCUCCGCUUCUUCACUUUCCCUCUCUUUUUCUCGAGAAACAAACACGCGGAGAAAAGGAAUAGAGAGCAAAGAAAAUGUCGCCGGCGAUAGCGAAAUCGUGCAACAAGAUCCGCCACAUUGUCCGGAUACGGCAGAUGCUGCAGCAGUGGCGGAGGAAGGCGCGCAUCGCGGCCUCACGCGCUCUCCCUCCGCCGCCCGAUGUGCCGGCUGGACACUUGGCAGUCUGCGUGGGGAGCAGCUCCAGGAGGUUUAUCGUGCGCGCGACGUACAUGAACCACCCGAUGUUCAAGAAGCUUCUGGUGCAAGCCGAGGAGGAGUACGGCUUCGCCAGCUACAACGGCCCUCUCUCGAUCCCCUGCGUCGACGAGGCCUUCUUCGAGGAGGUCCUCCGAGUUGUCUCCCGAUCCGACUCAUCCAACUCGGGCCGCUUCUGCCAUGUGGACAUCAGGAAGCGCCUCGAUCUUCUCGGCGCCGAAUCUCGGCCGUUGCUUCACGAUCUCUCCGAUAAAUCCAUCUGUUGAGAACGAGUCAAGACUCGUCCAAAUUCACGAACGAGUGGCGCCACUAAACUUUCCUUUUUUUUUCCCCUUGUUUUUCUUCUUUUGAAUUUUUUUACUAUAUUUUUAAGUUAUUAACUAAUUGAUUUUUAUUUUUAGUUUUUUGGAAAUUUUCUUGGUUGCUGUGUAAAAGUAAUUACUAGGGUUUAAGACUUGAGACUUUUUUUAGUGUUUUUUGUUUUUUGGCUGAGUCGUCCCGAGUUGAAUCAGACGAGUUGGUGAUGGCUUUGUUCACUUGAGAAAGUGGAUAAAUUUCUAAAGACUGUACUGACUUUGAUCGUAUGAAUGAUACAGCGAAUGUUUUUU